AUGUAUGCGCUUACAGUAUGUCCGCCCAAUGAAAAAUAUUACAAGUGUUCUUUAGAAGUAUGCACUAAAACCUGCCAGGAUUAUACCAGUAUUACUCCUCCGCCAUGUCCUAAUAUAUCACCAGAUUGCUAUAAGCCAGCGUGUUUGUGCGACGAGGAUUAUGUGAAAAACGAAAACGGAGUUUGCGUUCCUACCAGCGAAUGUUACUGGAAAAUGGCUUCGAAUAGACAAGUAGUUAGCGUAGAUCAACCAAAUGCUGAAUCUAUUCUACUCGACUGGCUAAAUGACGAAGAUUGUACCGACGAUGAAUCUCAAUCACUUGAACCAUCUCGAGCUGUGAUACCUGAAGAACUAUUAUCCGACUCUGAAGAUGACUGUAUACCUUCUGAUCACGACUCGGACUCAGAGUGUUUAGUUAAUUCAGAUGAUGAAGAUGUGUUGACCUCAGGAUACAGAGAAAAUAUUAAAGUGUUUUUAUUUGAAGAAUAA